CGAGGCCGUGGAGGUGCAGUUCUGCGCCGGGCGCCUGGGCGCGGCCGCCGCGCUCUCGGCGGCGGAAGCGGCGCGCAGCGCGGAGGAGGAGGAGGAGCGGCUGGAGCGCGAGCACUUCUGGAAGAUCAUCAAUGCCUUCCGCUACUACGGCACCAGUAUGCAUGAGCGAGUGAACCGAACAGAAAGACAGUUUCGAUCACUUCCAGAUAAUCAACAGAAACUACUUCCUCAGUUUCUUCUUCACUUGGACAAGAUCCGGAAAUGCAUUGACCAUAAUCAAGAAAUACUACUGACCAUUGUGAAUGAUUGCAUACAUAUGUUUGAAAAUAAAGAAUAUGGAGAAGAUGGGAAUGGAAAGAUUAUGCCAGCAUCUACAUUUGACAUGGAUAAGUUAAAAUCUACCUUGAAACAGUUUGUGAGAGACUGGAGUGAAACUGGGAAAGCAGAAAGGGAUGCCUGCUACCAGCCAAUCAUUACAGAAAUUCUAAAAAAUUUUCCAAAAGAAAGAUGGGACCCUUCUAAAGUAAAUAUUCUGGUUCCUGGUGCUGGACUAGGAAGACUGGCCUGGGAAAUAGCUCUGCUAGGUUAUGCUUGUCAAGGAAAUGAAUGGAGUUUUUUUAUGCUCUUUUCUUCCAACUUUGUACUGAACAGAUGUUCUGAAAUUAAUAAAUACAAACUUUAUCCCUGGAUCCAUCAGUUUAGCAAUAACCGGAAAUCAGCUGAUCAGAUUCGACCCAGUCCUCUGCUGUACCACUUUGAAAAUUUGGCAAACGAACUAUCCAUAGAAUUGAGCUAUGAGGAUAUAAAAAAUGUUGUUCUGCAGUAUGGAUUCCAGGUAGAGCACAACGAGGAAUUUUGGCAGUAUAAUACCUUCCACUACUGGAGGAACCCUCUGCCCCCUAUUGACCUGGCCGACAUUGAAGACAUCGGGGAGGACAGCCUGCCAGAGCCACAACUUGAGGACAAGAGUGAAGGGACUGAGGUGGACAUGGAGUCCUGAUGGAAGGAGCUAUAGAAGUGGGACUCACUGAAUUUGAGGAGACAUUGCUAAGUGGAUUUACAUCUUCUUAAGGAAAAAGUUGUUUUCCAGACUUGACCUGGUAUCAUUCCAAACCUGAAAAAUCAGGAAAGGUCGUCUUGAAGAUAAACCUGUAGUACUACUGAACUUUCCUGUAGGGAUUUGUCAGUGAUACAGUACAGUGGUAGGCAGAAUAUUUUAUGUAUGCCUUUUUAAAGAAAAAUGUUUUGUUUUAGGUUCUAAUUUUGAAGACACUGAUGUUAUAAAAAAGAAUUCUACUAGUUUUAGAAAUAGGUGAAAAACACUCAAAUCUUCCUCCUUCCUGCACCAAAAAGUUUAUUUGUGGUACAUUAUAUGAAAAUCAUUUUAUAAAAUUGUUAACAGAAUACUUUAUAAUACAUCUUAUGACUUUUUAGUUGAACAAAAAGCAGACUUGAACAUCUAUGCAAACCUAAAAUGUGGAGGAUUUUCUCUGAAAGCUAGUAUUGUUUCAUAAGAGCUUUGUAAAUGAAAAGUAGAGUAUCAGUUUGAGUAGCAUGUUUAAAUAAUUCACAUUAUUUGAUGUUUGGUAAACUGCUAUGGGCAAUCUAAAAUGCAUAAUGAGCAGAAUUUUGUUAAUGUCUGUCCCUCCCCCUUUCCAAGAUAAAAGGAAAGAAAUUUAUUAUGUGACCAGUUUUUUUGGUUUUGAAGUACUUUGAGGGCAUGGGUUUUAUUGCUUAUUAGUUUAGACCUGUAGUUCUCGACACUGACUGCACUUUAGUGUCUUUGCCUGGGCCUGAUUCUAGAGAGAUGCUCAAUUAUUCUGAGGUGCGCGCUAGAUACACCCACUUUUUUAGGCACCAUCCAUUUUCUCUAUUGCGUUACCAAGCAGACAGGAUUGAGAAUCACUAGACGGAUGGUAGUUUUUCCUGUUUAAAGGAGAUAACUGAUAUGAGCAGAAGCAAUGCCUAUUAAUUAGUUUUGUUUUUAUUUUGCUCCUUUGAUAGCUUUGUUACAACUAAGUUAUUUUGUUGCUGUUACUAUUUUAUUGUUAAAAAAUAGGCAAUUUGUGUUUGAGUUAUGUCUAGUAUUAUGACUGUGUUAAUUUUUGUACUGCACCAUGAAUGUUGGUUUUCUAUUUGAGUAACUUGUCCCUACUUGUGUAUUUGUUGUUAAUGACAUUAAAUCCAAAAUUCAGAAAAGAUGGUAAAUGCCAAUGAGAAAAAAACACUUUUUUGUAUGUAACACAAGAUUUAAGUGUGAGUUAAGAUUAGUAAGAGAACUGAAGGAAAUAUUGUGGUAGACAAGACUCAAAGGCAUAUAUACUGCCACUUCUUACCUAUGUAACAAGCAAGUUAUUUUCAUCUGUAAACCUCAGAUUUCUUACCUGCAAAAUGAGAAGUAAUAAAUAGUAUCUACCUCA